AUGGACGUCAUCGCUAGCCAUCGCCCUAAGGUAUCGCCUGAGGUGGAUCCUUCCACGCUCUCCAACUAUACGAACUUUUCCUUUCACCCUACUGUUUUAACUUUCGAUGUUGAUUUCAACUCUCAAACCGUGUCUGGUUCUGUCACUUACACCUUGGACAACUUGACUGGAGUUUCGGAGGUGGUGUUGGACACUGCCCAAUUGACCAUUCUAGGAGCCAAAGUCAAUGGUUCGAAUGCUGCUUUCACUAUUGGUGAACAGAACGGCCCAUUAGGUCGUCCAUUAACGGUAGACCUUGGAAGUGCCAAAGAAACCACCAUCAAAGUGGCCAUCGACUUCCAGACCACCGAUCAGUGUACUGCGUUGCAGUUUUUGGAUAAGGAGGCCACAGAUGGUAAGGUGUCACCCUACUUGUUCUCGCAGUGCCAGGCCAUCCAUGCCAGAAGUUUGUUCCCAUGUUUCGAUACUCCAGCUGUCAAAACCCCAUACAAAAUGCUGGCCAAGUCGCCACUCCCCACCUUAAUGAGUGGAAGACCUGCUGGAGUUGAUGGUGACAUCUACAGCUUCGACCAACCAAUCCCUAUUCCUUCGUACUUGGUUGCGUUGGCUUCUGGAGAUAUCACCAAGUUGCCUAUUGGUCCCAGAUCCCACGUUUACUGUGAGCCCUCCAAUGUCGCUGCUUGUCAGCACGAGUUCGAGAAUGAUAUGGAGAACUUCCUCCAAGCCGCAGAGAAGUUGGUGUACAAGUACGAGUGGGAUCAGUACGAUGCCCUUGUGUUGCCUCUGAGCUUCCCAUACGGAGGUAUGGAGAACCCUAAUGCCACCUUUGUCACACCUACUUUGAUCAGUGGAGACAGGGAAAAUGUGGACGUGAUUGCACACGAACUCGCCCAUUCUUGGUCUGGAAACUUGGUGACCAACUGCUCGUGGGAGCAUUUCUGGUUGAAUGAAGGAUGGACAGUUUACUUGGAAAGAAGGAUCCAAGGUUUGAUCCAUGGCGAGUCUACGCGUCAUUUCUCCGCCAUCAUUGGCUGGUCGGACUUGGAGAACUCCAUCAAGGCCAUGGGAGACAGCGCAUCAAGAUACUCUACGUUGGUGCAAGACUUGAAGGACCGCAGUGAUCCCGAUGAUGCGUUCUCGACGGUUCCGUAUGAAAAGGGUUUUAAUUUGCUCUUCCAUAUCGAGCAGGCUGUGGGAGGAAAGGAUGUGUUUGACGGUUUCAUCCCUCACUACUUCUCCACCUUCAGAUACAAGUCUUUGGACACCUACCAGUUCAUGGACACGUUGUACGAGUACUUUGCCGAUCAGAAGGACAAGUUGGAUGCAAUUGACUGGAACUCGUGGUUAUACGAGCCAGGAAUGCCCCCAGUCAAGCCAAACUUCGACACCACUUUAGUUGAUCAGUGUUACAGUUUAGCAGACAAGUGGUUCAACUCUGUGAGUAGCAAUGCUAAUGUUGACUUCAACCAAGAGUUCAAAGCUUCUGACAUCGAGGGCUUCACUGCCAACCAGUCUGUUGUGUUCUUGGACACGCUUUCCUCAUUCAACAAGUUGGACGAUUUCAAGUGGAAGAAUCACCCCGACGCAUUGAAAGCCUUGAGCGAGAUCUACUCUGCAUACUCCAACUCGUCUAAUGCCGAGGUUCUUUUCAGAUGGUACGUGGUGCAAGUUGGUGGUCACAACGAAGCAUUCUACAAGUUGCUUGGAGAAUGGCUUGGAACCGUGGGCCGUAUGAAGUUCGUGAGACCAGGAUAUGUUCUUUUGAACAGAGUCGAUCACGAUCUUGCCAUUGAGUACUUCAAGAAGUUUGAGUCGACGUACCAUCCGAUCUGCAAGGCUAUGGUGAAGAAGGAUUUGGGAUUGGAGUAG